AUGACUUCCAGAAUUAACACGAUCCUAAUCAUCGGGGGCACUACGGGCAUAGGCGAGCAGCUUGUGCGCCGUUUCCAUGCAUUGGACAAAAAGGUCAUCGUCACGGGUCGUAACCAGGCCAGUCUUACGAGUUUGGCGCAGGCACUCAAUGGUCUCGAAACCCGCCAGUUCGAUAUCACCGACUUCUCUAAUCUUCAGUCGCACGUCGCUGGCAUCCUGAAGGAUUUCCCAAGUCUCGACACUGUGCUCAUCAAUGCGGGCAUUCAAAAGAGUUUCAGCUUCUUUGAUCCUUCAAGCAUCGCAGCCGGCGAGAUCGAGCGUGAGAUCGCAGCAAACUUAACCGCGCCGACACUGCUUGUCCAAGCUUUUGCGCCACACCUGCUGUCUCUCGCCAGCAAAGGCACACCCGCAACUCUGUUUGUCACCAGUUCCACGCUAGGUCUCCUACCAAUGGGUCUCUGGGCCAACUACAGUGCCACCAAAGCCGGCGUGCACGCGCUCGCCCUGAGCCUUCGCCAGCAAAUUGCUUUUGCGAGCGAGGAGGCGAAGAAGAACUUCAAUGUGGUGGAGAUCGUGCCCCCUUACGUGGACACCGGACUGGAUAAAGAGCACCGUGAGGCGACACUUGCCGCAAUGGGAGAGCGUGCAUUCCCGCCAAUGCCGCUGCAGGAGUACAUCGAUCAAUUUUUCAACGCGCUGGAUGAGAUAGAGUUGGAUGGCAGCUUGAAGAAGGAGAUUGGCGUUGGAACGGGGGCGAUGGCUGUGCAGACUUGGAGGGAGAGCUUGGGUAAGGUGUAUGAGCAGUUUGGUAUGGCUACGUGA